AUGCCGACCACGCUGCAGGAAUUCGAGAGCGUCUGGCCGCGCAUAAGGGCUGACCUGCAGGCUCACUGCCAGCAGUACAAGCUACCCCAGGAGUCUCUUGAUUGGUUCACAAAGUCGCUCGACUACAACACCGUAGGGGGAAAAUGCAACCGCGGGAUGUCAGUCAUUGACACGGCUGCCAUCCUCACCAACAAGACGCUCGACCCAGCAUCUGAGGACUACUUCCGCCCAGCACUGCUAGGAUGGAUGAUCGAGCUGCUCCAGGCCUUCUUCCUCGUGUCCGACGACAUCAUGGACUCAUCCAAGACCCGCCGUGGUAGCCCGUGCUGGUAUCUGGCACCCAAAGUCGGCAUGAUUGCCAUCAACGACGCCUUUAUGCUCGAGUCCGCCAUCUACCUGCUCCUCAAGAAGCACUUCCGCCAAGAGAAGAGCUACAUCGACAUGGUUGAGCUGUUCCACGAAGUCACUUUCCAGACCGAGUGCGGCCAGCUGUGCGACUUGAUCACCGCCCCUGAGGACAACGUCAACCUCGACAACUUUAGCCUGGACAAGUUCAGCUUCAUCGUCAUCUACAAGACUGCCUACUACUCCUUCUACCUACCUGUUGCUCUUGCACUGUAUUACGUCGGUGCUGCUACCCCAAAGAACCUCCAGACUGCCCACGAUAUCCUCAUCCCCAUGGGCGAGUACUUCCAGGCACAGGACGACUACCUCGAUGCCUUCGCCGACCCCAAGGUUCUCGGCAAGAUCGGCACAGACAUCCAAGACAACAAGUGCUCGUGGCUGAUCAACCAGGCCCUGAAGAAGGUCACUCCUGAGCAGCGCAAGGUUCUUGAGGAGAACUACGGCCAGAAGGAUUCGCAGAAGGAAGCCAAGGUGAAGGAGCUGUACCACGAGCUUAAGUUGGCCGAGUUCUACGAGCAGUGGGAGGAGGAGCGCGUUUCGGACAUCCGGUCUAAGAUCGAGAAGGUAGAUGAGUCCGAGGGACUGAAGAAAGAGGUAUUUGAGGCAUUCCUCAAGAAGAUUUACAAGAGGAGCAAAUAGAUGUUCGGCACGAUACACAGUUUCAAUGCAUAACACGUCCAUCCAUCGACUCAACCUAUUCCUCAAUCUCUCCGACCAUUCUCGCGCCUCUAGCCGGCUCAACAUGUCAGAAGAUAGGCAGUUGCCGACAGAGUCGAUCGAUUUUACUUAUGGAGCGCCAAUCAUUCCAGGAUGAUCCAGUUAUAAUUCUAAAAUUCUUGUGUACUUCUGCACAAUGUAGCGUAUUAGGAUUUCGGAUUUUAUUGUUAGAAUACUGAAAGAAAAUACUAAGGAUCUCUAAGUUUUAAGUGUUCCUUUACCUGUAAUUGUAACGGGUUGAUC